AUGUUAUCGAACUCGGCCGGUUCUGGCGAGUCAACUGACUUCUGUGCCCCCGGUCCACUCAACACACAAAUGGACGCACAAACUGGACUGUGUGCACGUUAUGGUUACUUACUCACACGUUUGUGCACAGUGCCGAAAGACACCAGUCUGUUCGGCGCGUUUCUGGAUAUGUUUCGUCGCGCGGGGGACUGUCCAAUUCGAACACGCCUCCUCCGACUUCGCUGCCCGCUCACGGUUGUAGAAGGCGGUUCCGGGCUGGGCGAAUGGACCGGAGCCUAUUCGUCCACAUCAGUUGAAUGGGAAGAACUCGGUCUGGACGUGCGUCGACGACUUCGUUUGGCGUUCGAUUCCGAAGCGGAGUUUUGGAUCCCCUUGCCAGACUUGUUGUGUCACAUGGCCGGGGCGGUCAUCUGUCGCAUGCCCGAGACUGGUCUGAUCAGUUUGAAAGGUCGAACAUGGCAGUUAAACGAACACCACGGCGCGUGGCAUGGACAUCAGACUGGGGGCAGUAUUCGCUAUCGGGACACAUUUCUAGACAAUCCACAGUACACGUUCGAUACCACAAACGACGGAGAGGAAGUCUUGCUUGCCCUUAUCCGAAAGUACGACCGGGAUCCGAUUACUCUGGUUAUUGAGCCGAAUAAAAAUCCCCUCGCCGUCGGUUUGGGACUAUUUCAGGUAGAAAAAAAUCGCACCACACGUGUGCAUCAACUGGCAUUCACCCGCAUCGUCUAUGUGGAGGCACCCAAACCCUAUCGGGUUUCGAUUAUUCGAUGCGUGCUGCCGAUCGGUCGCUACGUUGUCAUCCCAUUCCUCGAGGAGCCAUUGUCCACCGCGGCCUAUCUUCUUCGGCUCUAUUUGCCCAAACGAACUUUGAGCCGCGAAUUGAUGCUGGAUGUGCCUCCGAGCACCGGACUGGACUUCUUUCAUGGUGCGUUCAAACAAGCCGUUCGACUGCACAUCUUCAGCGCGGACAAUUUGCUCUGGCCGGAUGGUAAGAAUCCCCCCUCGCCUUAUUGCAUUGUGAACAGUGAGGACAAUCCGGUUCGGACUGUGACUCGAACGGGAACAAACAAUCCGAUUUGGGAUGAGGUGUUUCUGUUCUAUCGUCGACGUCCAGGAAAGGUCCCAAUCACCAUUGUGAUUAUGGAUAAACGAACUAUGGGAUUCGAUUUUUUCCUCGGUCGACACAGUUUCAAAGAGACCGAGAUCAAUCAGCCAGGACAACAACAAAUGGCACUGUACGGUCGUGAUACCNUGAUACCAAGGAUGAACGAUUUGUUCGCGUGA